AUGCCUGUAACUGAAACUGGGGAUCAAUAUUCAGUAUGGGUGGGAUUGAUAUACAUUUUCAAUUUGAUUGUCGGUACGGGUGCUCUAACUUUACCAGCAGCAUUUGCAAGAGCAGGAUGGGGUUUGAGCACUAUAUCCUUGCUUUUCCUGGCAUUCAUGAGUUUCAUGAACGCUACAUAUGUCAUAGAGACUAUGGCUUGUGCCAAUGCAGUAUUCAAGUGGAAGAGAUUGCAGUUCAUUAAAAGGAACAGUAUACAAGAACAUGAAACAGAUGAAGAACCCAGCUCGUCACAACAUCUGUAUGGUGAAUUAGAAGAUCCUCUAGUAUGUGGGGACUCUAUACCUUCACGCUACUAUAGCCUUGAUAAACGGAUAGAGCUUGGGGAGAUGGCAAAUCUGUUCUUAAAUAAAUCUGGAAGGACUAUGUUCUACUGCACCUUGUGUGUGUACUUAUAUGGAGACCUUUCCAUUUAUUCAGCAGCUGUAGCUAAAUCAAUUAUGGAUGUAGUGUGUUCAACGGUACCCUCGAACUUUACGAAUGCCACGGACUGGGACAGCCUGCCGUGCUUCAACUUCACAUCUACGGAGCGGGGCCUGUACACACGCCUGGACUGCUAUAGAGCGGCCUUGCUGUCAUUCGCCGCCACGACCGCCCCAUUCGUCUUCUGCAACGUGCAGAAGACGAAGUAUCUGCAGCUCUUCACAUCGGGCAUGCGCUGGCUUGCGUUCGCCAUAAUGAUCUCGAUGGCUAUACACUUGCUGAUCGGGCACGGGCCUCAAGGUCGGCCUCCCGCCUUCGACUUUACCGGGAUGCCGACACUCUUCGGGGCGUGCGUGUACUCCUUCAUGUGCCACCACUCCCUCCCCGGCCUCAUCAGCCCCAUCAGAGGGAAGAAACGCCUCGGCUUACACCUCGCUCUGGACUACGCGCUGAUAAGUAUCUUCUAUCUCCUCCUAGCCUUCACUGGGGCGUUCGCAUUCGCGCACCUCAGCGACCUCUACACACUCAACUUUGUGCCAACAGACAACGAGAACAUUUUGUUGGAGAUCGUGGAAUACUUCCUCGCUCUAUUCCCCGUCUUCACCCUCUCCACAAGCUUCCCCAUCAUCGCGAUUACGCUUAGGAACAACCUACAGGGCUUAUUCCUCGACACCACCCGCCUGGAGUCGUAUAACUUUGUCCUAAGGAAACUUCUGUUCCCCAUAAUAACGGUCGCUCCGCCAUUGCUUCUCACCUAUUUCCUGGAGGAUAUCGGCGUGCUGAUAAAGUUCACCGGUUCCUACGCCGGCACAGGCAUACAGUAUCUAAUGCCUACCUUCCUCGUGCUUUCGGCGAGACGCCACUGCACCAACCUGUUGGGUCUGGGUGUUGAAAAUAAAUACAAGAGUCCCUUUUCUCAUGUCUCUUGGGCGGUGUUUGUACUUCUUUGGUCGUUCAUGUGUAUCAUCCUAGUUUCUGUUAACAUUUUUGAAAAGAACUCA